GAGUGACACCGAUUCACUGAGUUCCAGAAACCUGCAUUGUGAUCCCGUAGCAACUGUCGAGUCAUGUACACUGAGAAAGAUGCCAUUAAAUAUGUCCUUAGCUUCAAAGACCCUACCCAUUGAUGUUCAAGAAGAAAUAGAUUGUCUCUAUGAAUUUGUUCCUGAAGUCUCUCAGCACUUUCGAAUUAUUGAAAAAAUUGGUGAAGGUACAUUCAGCUCUGUGUUCCGAGCCAAACUGAAGUGCCAUCCGCAGGUGGAAGAACAGUUUGCCCUCAAACACAUUAUCCCCACCAGUCACCCAACUCGCAUUGAGGGAGAGUUACGCUGCCUUCAGCAAAUUGGUGGCUGUGAAAAUGUAAUUGGUGUAGAGCUUUGCAUCAGAAAUAAAGAUCAUGUUGUAAUCGUUAUGCCGUACUUUGCUCACGAUUAUUUUCAGGACUAUAUUCAAGAGAUGACGCUGUCAGAAGUGCGAGAAUACAUGCGUAACCUGCUGAUAGCUCUGAGAAGAGUUCACCAGUUUGAUAUUAUUCACAGAGAUGUGAAACCCACCAACUUCCUGUACAACAGAACCACUAAACGAUUUGCACUGGUAGAUUUUGGCUUAGCUCAUGAAGCUCCUGUGUUGAAGAAGAUAAAACAGUCAUCGAAGACUGUACAGAAGGAUUUGAACGACACUGAUGAGUUGAAGAAAGUUUUACGAGAUAUGGGAAAUAUACCGUCUGUUUCAUCACUUUCACAGUCAGUCAAGAAGGAAACACCAAUCAAAAAAGAGACUCCAUUGAGUAAAGCUGACCCCAAGAGUAAACCGGUACUUGCCACAAAGCAGUACACCCCAAGUCCAACUCUGGAUUCUCUGGCCUUCACGAAGAGAAUGAAGUCGCCGCGACGUCUCCUGCUGUCCAAACGAACGCUGAUGAUAAAGGAUGAGCACGGCUUGCCCACGAAAACACGACCCAGCACAUCGAGCACGAAGCCUGGUGUGGGCUGCACGUGUCAGUGCUUCAACCAGCCAAUGAUCUGCAGAAUGUGUAUGGCCAGAGCCAAUCAGAUUGCUCCUAGAGCUGGUACCCCUGGUUUCCGGUCUCCUGAGGUUCUCUUGAAGUGUCCUGAUCAGUCGACCGCUGUUGACAUUUGGUCUGCUGGUGUUAUCUUUCUGUCAUUACUCAGUGGAAGGUAUCCUUUUUUCCGUGCUGUUGAUGAUGUGACGGCCCUUGCACAAAUAGCUACCAUCAUGGGCAGUGACCCGCUCAAAACAGCAGCCAAGUCAUUUGGUAAACAGUUCAUGUGCAGUCCAAACCCGCAGCCUGUUGAUCUACGAACUCUGUGCCACAAACUACGAAGUGCUCCACCCCGGAUCGGAAAACAUCACAGCUCGAAGACAUUGAACAAAGAAAACUUUACCCGGUCCUGGACAAAUAUUCCUAAGUCAGCGUUUGAUUUGUUGCAUCGACUCCUGGAUUUGAACCCAGGGACGAGGAUAACUGCCGAGGAAGCUUUAGAAGAAGCGUUCUUUACAGAGUGUAUAUGAAGUUGUUAAUGAAUAACUAGAUAAUUAAUCGUGCUUUGGACCAUCCUUAAAGUUAUCAUAUCAUGAAUUACCAGGUUUGUUAUUCUUGCACACUGGUUAGUGAGGACAUCAUUUGAUAUUGCAUGAAAACAAUACCACUUAUUUAAAGACAUUCAGUUGGUUACUCCUAGAUGAUGAUAUGAGUGCCACAGUCAUUUUAUCUGAUGAAACAAGCAUUCUGAGAGUACUGCUAAAGCAAUACAUGUCCCGUACCAGGCCCAACAAAUUUUCAUAUCUUCUAUAUAAGUUGUAGGGCUAUAACUGUGAAAAAUUA